CCUACCUCGUGGACGGAAAAUAAAACGUUUUAAAAUUAAAAGUGUCAGUUCAAUUAUUCUUUGAUAUAUUUGACCUCUUUACAAUUCAGAAGUGGGAUCAAUUUCGCGCAUUUACAAUAAUGAGUCGUUUAAGUCGCGAUGAACUCAUUGAGUGGCUGCAAGAAAAUCAAGUGGAGUUUCCCCCGACUGCGACCGUGACACAUCUGAGGACGCUGUAUGAAAGCACCAGCGGGGCCCGGGGCGGAGCGCCCAUCGACAAAAAUCUCAACUCGCAGAAGCAGCUGCAUGUGGUUCCUGAAGAAGAGCUUGAUUUAGAAUUACGUGCCCUGGAAAAACGAAGGAAGAUCUUCGAAUUACGUCGUCAGUUAGCGGAGGAGGAACGAUUACUAAGAAAACAACCGGAAGUGAAGGAUGUGAUCGGUUCCGUUACGCGUUUUUCGAGCGGAGAUACGUGUGAUGCAACACGUUGGCUUGCUGAGUUCGAAUCUGUGUGCGUAGAUCAAGGAGGAGAUGAUGCAUUUAAGCUUCGAUGCAUUCGCCAGCUAAUGGAACCGGGAACCGAGGCAGAGUGGUUCCGUAGAGUGGAUAAUUCGCCCAACUACCAAGCAUUCCGAAGAAAUUUUUUGGAUAAUUUUGGUCAUCGUUACUCGGUGGCAGAAAUCAUCGAUAAAUUGCGCAGGGCUAUUUUCGACGGAUCGAAGAUGUCUGUUACGGGAUACAUACUGAGAAUGCAAGAGAUAGCAUCGAGAGUCAAUAUCGAAGAAAAUCAGGUCGUCCAGUUGAUUGUUGAUGGAUUCCAGGACAGGUCAGCAAACAUCGCGGUCCUUUACCCGGCCAGGAAUUUGGCAGAGCUGAAACAGCUUUCGCGUCGAUACAUACAGCUGAGGGAUAUGCACUCCGUUCCAAUCCAACAACUCAAAAUUCCGAAAACAAAAUUGGAAAGGAAAGACGAUUCAGUGAGAUGCUACAACUGUUCGGGCAUCGGACAUCUGUCUGCAGAUUGCAAGGAGCCACGGAGAGUCAAAGGCUCAUGCUUCCGUUGUGGAUCAACUCAGCAUCGGUUGAAGGACUGUCCUAAACCAGUGCCACGGAACAGCAACCAAGUGGCUUUAGCAGACGACUUCCGUCGGAUUGCCAGAGGAGAUUCUCUGCCAGUCGAAGAAGCGGCAGCUACACUGUCGGAACUUAACCUUUCCAAUUAACUUCGUGCGUCGUUCAGUGGUUACUCCGUUGUACAGAUUGAAAACACCAACAGAUUCCGGAUACAAAAGCAUAGGUAAUCAUCCCUUACGCACCUAUGGAACUGUUAGCGCGGUUGUGACAUUCCGUGACCGAGAAACAUCGAUUAAAGUUCAUGUAAUACCCGAUAAUUUUAUUUGCGUCCCCCUACUUUUAGGACGAAGUUUCUUAGAGAAAAUCGGUGUGAAAUUGGUUGACACUAAAUUUAUUAAAUUUAACAGAGAGAAAAAUAAAAUUGAACUACGUGAAAUUGAAUUACU